AUGGGAGUGAUAGGAGGGGAAUGGGAGGCACUGGGAGGGAACUGGGAGGUACUGGGGUGGACAAGGAGGGAACUGGGAGGGGAUGGGAGGAAACUGGGAAGGGACUGGGAGGCACUGGGAUGGACUGGGAAGGGACUGGGAGGGAACUGGGAAGGGACUGGGAGGGAACUGGGAUGGGCUGGGCUGAACUGGGCGGCACUGGUGGGCCACGGCCGUGCCCCGUGUCCCCCUCCAGGCCACAACGCCGAUGACAUCGCCGAGACCGUGCUGAUGAACUUCCUGCGCGGGGACGUGGCCCGGCUGCGCCGCGCGGCCACCGAGGCCACCGCCGAGGCCACCGGGACCACCGAGGCCACCACAAGGCCCGUGGAGGCCACCAGGAGCCCCAUGGAGGCCACCACGAGGUCCAUGGAGACCACCAACAACCCCAUGGAGGCCACCACGAAGCCUCUGGAAGCCACCAGGAGCUCCACAAAGGUCUCUACGGCUUUCACAACCCCCACCAACUCCAUGGAGACCACCACAAACCCCAUGGAGGCCACCAUGAAGCCUCAGGAGACCACCAGGAGCCCCAUGGGGACCACCACGAAGCCUCAGGAGAUCACCAGGAGCCCCAUGGGGACCACCACGAAGCCUCAGGAGACCACCAGGAGCCCCACGGAGACCACCACGAAGCCUCAGGAGACCACCAGGAGCCCCACGGGGACCACCACGAAGCCUCAGGAGACCACCAGGAGCCCCACGAAGCUUCCUACGGCCUCCACGACCGCCGCCAGCUCGGCGGAGCCCGCCACGAAGCCCACCGAGACCCCCCGCGAGCCCACCGAGAAGCCCCCGAAGGCCACCACCCGGCGCCCCAAGCCCACCCACCGCCCGGCGGCCCGCCCGCGGGUCCCACGACCCCUGGAGGGCGGCCCGUGGCCCGCGGUCCCCCGUUGCAAGCCCCUGCGGCACGCCUACGAGAAGGAGAUCGUCCUCUACGCCUACUUCCAGGGCUUGGACUACGUCAGCACCGAGUGCGUCUACGCCCCCCACGCCUACCGGGGGCACGCCCGGGCUCUCCUCAAGGACCUGGAAGCCACCCGGGCCAGCACGGUGGCCGCCCUGGGUCACUCGGGCCGCCGGUUGGCGGUGGCCACCCAGGUGGCCACCAAGGCGUUGGGGGCUUGCGGGCGUUGCGGCUACGCGGCCAGCCAGCCCCUGUGCAAGGCCUGCGUCCUCCUGGCCUCGCUGGAGCGCGGGUUGCCACGCCUGGGGUUGGGCAAGAGGUCCUUGGGGUUGGCCACCGGGGACGGCGGGGGCCGGGGCGGUGGCCGAGGGGGCGGUGGCCACGGGGGUGGAGGUCACGGGGACGUUGGUGGU